AUUUAAUUUUAUCGAUUUGAUUGACAGACACUAGCCAAGUACCGGUUGUCAUAACAUAAUUUUUGCAAUGUUUACCUUUUACAAUUAAGUUUUAAACACGUUUGUUCUAACAUUUGUAACAGUUUGUUCUGUGGAAUUGAUAAAUACAUAGUUUGUUAAAAGGUUUUAAUUUGGUUAUAACAAAAAUGUCUCACCGAAGAUCAAGUUUUCAGUCAAAUGAUUUAUUCCCGAGGGAAAUUGAUAUCGAAGUAUGUCUGAAAACGUUAAAGAUAUACCAGAAAAUGGAGGGAGAUGUCAACUGCGUCGUUUGGGACGCCUCUUUAGUUCUAGCAAAGUAUCUCGAGACAAUAUGUCAUCAGAGACCAGACUUCUUAAGUGGUAUGAAAGUUUUGGAGUUGGGUUCUGGAUUGGGCGUUGUUGGUCUUACAGCUGCUACCUUGGGAGCUCAGGUGACACUAACUGACUUACCAGAAGCCCUACCACUGCUCCGGCUGAACAUAAACGAAAAUAAAUCAAAAAUUAGUAGUAUGGGUGGUUAUGCAAUAGCAGAGUCCUUGGUGUGGGGUGAUACAAGUUCAGAAAUCCUUAAGGAAGAAUUCAAUAUGAUUCUUUUGGCAGACUGCGUCUACUAUGAAGAGGCUAUUGACCCACUUAUUCAGACCUUACAAUGUUUGAAUGACACAGUUACAAAGAAACCAGUUAUAUACUUGACUCAAGAAUUGAGAGAUUCAGAGAUACAGAAAAAAUUGUGGAAUGCUUUUUAUGAAAAAGUGUCUGAGAAUUUUUAUAUUGAGAAAAUACCUGAAGAUCAACAACAUGCCAACUACAGAAGCUCAGAUAUAGUUUUGUUAAAGUUAAAUAAGAAAUGAUACAUGUAUGGUUAUGAGUUUAACUAAACUGUUAAAGUAGAAGUUAUAAGUAAAAACGGUUUUCUAAGUUAAGCAAAAGUAUAGGGUAUAGGUAAUCAAGUUUAAAAUAGCUUCAAGUUAUUAGGAUGUAAAUGUUGAUCUAUGAAUUGUUAUUUCUAUUUGAUAAAGAAACCAUUGCUGCUAUUUACUAAUUCAACAAAAUUUUGAUGCAGAAAAGUAACCAACACCUAAGAAAAAUAUUUAUUAAAAACUGAUUACCAAAAGUCCAGUAGUACAAACAUGAAUUAAAUAAAUACAGUGAUGUGACUUACAAAUUUCAAAAUACAGGGUGUUAUUUUAACAAUGAAAACUAGUUUUGAUUCAAACUGACAUAGGUAUAUUGUACAAGAUGAUGAGUAUGAUGUCAAUCUUGCUUGCUGCAACUGGACAUAAAAUUUCCAAUUUUAUUAUUAGAAUGCUAUUAUGCAUUAUUUUUGCAAGAUUGUUAAAUAUCAAAUUAUUAAUUUGUUGUAGGUAUGUAGGUACUUUGUUAGUUGAAUGAAAUAAAUAUAACAAGUUACAAGUCUUUGAAUCGAAUUUAAAUAAAAUGUUUUCGAUUUGGAA